AUGAACCCAACUUAUUACGAUAGUGUUAAUAGAUGUACAGUUGUUCAUUCUUUGUACUAUCCUGAUCCAAAAGAAACUAAGCCUACAACUGUUGAAGUUCCAAAAGAAGAAGAAACUGUUGUUGAAGAAGUUAUAGAAAAAUCACAAAACAAAAACAAUCUUUUGGGUGGGAAAAAAGAGGUUCAAUUUAGUGAAGAAAAUAUUCUUGAAACAAAAACUCCUUUAUUUUCUACAUACUUCUUAGAUCGAAAUGAAUCUGAUCCAAAUUUUUUUAAAAAAAAAGUUCAAUCAUAUUAUCAUGAAAAUAUACCUGAACAAGACAUGGAAAAUAUUUUUGAGAAUGAAAUAGAUGUUUCUAUUUCUGAGAAGGAAAAAGAGAAACUUAUGAAAGAAUUUCAAAAGGCUCGAUUAAAGUAUGAAGAAAUUCUUAAGAAAAUUCAACUUGCUGGACUUGAUGAUAGUAAUAGUAACAUUGAAUACAAUGAUUAUGAAACAUCAUCUGUUCCUGUUUAUAAUUCAACUCAAUGUGAUGUAACAGCUAAACAGUCAACUUAUGUUGGUAUGCAAGAUAUGCCUUAUUAUUUUUCUCAAUAA